GCGUAAGGUAGUCGAGCCGCAUCGUCGCGUCCGAAUCACGGUCCGCGAGUGACCAGCAAACGAAAUGGCAAGAGUGCGGUGUGCCGUGUGUGCCACGAUGCUAUAUAAACAAUACUUGCCGCGAACCGUGAUCAGUCGAGUUGCGGCGGCCGUACCUGUCGUGACACAAUAUAAUGCAUCGCACCAUAACAAACUGAACGAGAACCGGUUGCCCUUUUUCCGCGUCUAUCGCCGCAACGCGUUCUCAUUUGACUUAACCUUGUUUGUUCCGCGCCUCUGUGUCCGUUCGAAUAUUUUCCACGACCCGCACGCGAGAUUAAGGCAUUCCUGUGCAAAGAAGUGACCGACGACCAAGCCAUGUCGCACGACAAUUUCGGAUUUACCUCGAGCACGGAUGGUCUGGACGCCAAAAAGUGGACCUCACAGAAUAAUCAAAAUGGUUAUGACCAGGGACAUAAUAAGAGCAACGUCUACGUUUUGGAGUUGGAAGACAAGAAGAAGAGUGUGCAAGAGUAUGAGGAAGAUUAUAAUCCGUACGAGCACAGGGUAGUUCAGCAUCCAACAACGAGCUGGGAGACUCUGCUGCACUUGCUAAAGGGAAGCUUGGGAACCGGAAUCCUCGCGAUGCCGAAGGCCUUUCACCAUUCAGGCUACGCAGUGGGUCUAGUGGCAACAAUCAUCAUUGGUCUACUUUGUACUUACUGUAUACGAAUCCUCGUCACCUCGCAGUAUGAGCUCUGUAAGAGGAAGAAGGUGCCAUCGCUGACAUAUCCCGCGACAGCAGAAGCUGCGUUGUCCGUGGGUCCAACGUUGUUCAGGCCACUAUCGAAAUCGUCAGUACAUGUCAUAAAUUUGUUCCUGAUGAUCUAUCAGCUGGGCAGCUGCUGCGUCUACACGGUGUUCAUCGGCACGAAUUUGAAAGCGGCUUUAGCUGAUUACUUCCCGGAUAUCGACCUGAGACUGUAUAUGCUGAUGAUCCUGCUUCCCUUGGUCCUCGUUAACUGGAUCAGGAACCUGAAGUUCUUGGCUCCCUGUUCGACCAUCGCGAACGGCAUCACGCUCGUCAGUUUCAGUAUAAUAUUGUACUACAUCUUCAGGGAACCCCUGUCUUUUGAGAACCGCGAGCCAAUUGGCAAAGUCGAAGACUUCCCACUUUACUUUGGUACCGUGCUCUUUGCUCUGGAAGCUAUCGGUGUGAUCAUGCCCUUGGAGAACGAGAUGAAGAAACCCAAGACCUUUAUCAAAACCUUCGGAGUGUUGAAUAUCGGCAUGGGAUUCAUAGUGACGCUCUACGCAGCUCUGGGAUUCUUCGGGUACAUCCGGUACGGCGCCACAGUUGGAGGCAGCAUUACGAUCAGUCUAACCGAGCCUAUACUCUUGGCCAAGGCUGUACAAAUCCUCCUGGCUAUCGCCAUCUUCUUCACGCACCCCAUUCAGUGUUACGUUGCCAUUGAUAUAGUCUGGAACGAGUAUAUUGCUCCCAGGUUGGAGAAGAACUCGCAUAAACUCUUUUGGGAGUACGUCGUGAGAACUCUGCUUGUUCUCCUUACAUUCCUACUGGCCAUAGCCAUACCCCAACUUGACUUAUUCAUCUCUCUAUUCGGUGCUUUGUGCCUCUCCGGUCUUGGACUGGCCUUCCCCGCCAUUAUCCAGACCUGCACCCUCUGGAACGUUUACGGUAGGACUGGGAAACUGGUGAUGGUAGCCAAGAACAUGUCCUUGGUGCUGUUCGGUCUCCUGGGUUUCGUGGUAGGAACGUACACGAGUCUCCGCGACAUCAUCCACAGCUUCUCUUGAAGCACAGUCUGUGAUGAAGGACCAUGAACGAAUGGCAGCAGGGAGGAGGAGGGAGGAGGAGGGUACCGCGUUGUUCGGCCGCAAUGGACGAACGUGGGAACGCAAGGUUUCGACGACUAAAAGAAUACCGAACGGUCGAGCCUGGACGAGGAUGACCCCCCCUUCUUGGAGAUGUAUUUUAUAAAUACGUUGAUGGGAUGUGAGAAUGAAUGAUCUCAUCUAGGAGUGGAAGGGACGAAAAAGAUGACCCGCCCAGCGGUGUCAUGAUUGGUGGACUCUAUCAGCACGUUCUUUUUAUAGGAUGUAGUUCGCCUAUUGACCAGAAACUGUUUUUAUUUGUUCGUUACCGCUGUAUUUUAUUUUUCGAAUCGCGGACGAUAGAACUAAUGAUUGAGAGACGCCCGCGCGAGAUUCUUGAGAUUAGUCGGUGGAAUAACAUAGAUUGAAAGCACCGAAGACAUUAUUGUAGUUUGAUCGAGUGGCGAGUGCUUUCUGAACGCGUUUCAAUUUUAUUUAUGAUAAUUUCUAACAUUAUAACAUCCAUUUUGUCCCUCGCACGAGGCUUUCGUUUGCCUAUGGCAAUCCGUUACGUACAUAUAUUAUGGAAUGAUUUCUUACCGUGAACAAAGGAUGAAUAUUUGCAGACUAUUUCGACUUAACAUGAUAACUAGUACCAAUCACCAUUAUGUUCAUUUUAAUAAAACGAUCUGUUCAGUGUUUUAUAUAAA